AUGCUAUUGAAAAAGACGCCGUUGUAUGACUUUCAUGUUGAAAAUGGUGGGAAAAUGGUUUCUUUUGCUGGCUGGUCUAUGCCAGUUCAAUAUUCAAACUUGGGAGUUUUAGCGUCGCAUUUACACACUCGUGAGAACGCCUCUUUAUUUGAUGUAUCGCAUAUGCUUCAGUUAAGACUUUCUGGGAAAGAUCGUAUAUCUUUUCUUGAAAAGUUGGUUGUAGCUGAUAUAGAAGAAUUACCAUUCGGUAGCUCUACUUUGUCGGUUUUCACUAAUGAAAAUGGAGGCAUAAUUGAUGAUACUGUUAUAUGUAAACAUGAUGAUUAUAUUCAUAUAGUGUCUAAUGCUGCUUGUGCUGAUAAAGAUCUUAUUCAUAUUCGUAAGGAAAUGAAUAAGUUUCAACAAAAAGGCGGUGACGUUGAUUUAAAAGUUAUUGACGAUCAUGCCUUAUUGGCUUUACAAGGUCCCAAAGCCGCUUCAGUUCUUCAAACGUUAUGUGGUAAAGACUUGACAGAUUUUAAGUUUAUGACGGCACGUCAGCUUAAUAUAAAAAGCUCUGACUGUCAUGUAACGCGUUCAGGAUAUACUGGAGAAGAUGGCUUUGAGAUUGGCGUUCCAUCAUCAGAUUCUGUCGAAUUAGCAAAUUUUCUUUUAAAAUAUCCUAGUGUCCAGCUAGCUGGGUUAGGUGCUCGAGAUAGUUUGCGAUUAGAGGCCGGUUUGUGUUUGUAUGGUCAUGACCUUGAUGAUACAACAACACCGGUAGAAGCUGGUUUGACGUGGACAAUAGGCAAACGGAGAAGAAGUGAAGGUGGUUUUUUAGGAGCCGAACAUAUUCUACCUCAAAUAAAGGGAGGGAAAACGCGUCGACGGAUUGGACUUAUUGUUGAAGGAGCACCAGCAAGAGAAAAUGCUGAAAUUUACAAUAAUGAAAAUGAAUUAAUCGGACCAUCUCCUUCAUUGCAAAAGAAUAUUGCAAUGGGUUAUGUUAAAAAAGGAUAUCACAAAUCUUCAACUGAACUUCAAGUUAAAGUUCGAAAUCGAAUGCAAAAAGCUCAAGUUGUUAAAAUGCCAUUUGUUCCUACAAGAUAUCAUAAAUAA